GCUUUUUUCCCACCACCACACCCACCAAGUCGCAUAACCCCACGAUUUCUUGUGCAAUUGACGACGAGGCCCCGUCCCCAAUUGUCUUUUCUCUCCCGCAUCGCGCGCGGAUUGGGAUCUUUCAUUCAGUCUCUCUGCGCGCCCUCCCCCAUCGACUGGGAAAGACGACAACCACGAGCACGACGACGACGACGACUGCGAGGCAGCCCCCACAGCCGCCGGCAUGAUGCUCCGAAGUCGCCAGGCCACCAAGGCCCUGAGAGCCUUGGGCCAGACACGGCACUUCACCUCGACGACACAACCCGCCGCCGUCCAGGCCCCGAGAAAGGUCGCCUCGGGGCGGCGGAAUCAAGCUACCGCCGCCACGUCUGCCGCUCCGUGAGUUUUCUCAAUCAUCUCCUUCUCGCCCUUUUUUUUUGGUGGUGGUGGUGGUGGUGCUGUUGCUGCGAAGCGAGGGCGGGUUUGGCCACAAAAAACACGGCCGCCGGCAUCGGCACCCACUGGGGGGGCCAUUGGCAUUUGGAUGCACGCGCACAACCCGACAACGACGAUGAGCAUGACACUGACUGAAGAAUCGCUGCAGCAAUGUCCGCGCUACGCCGAGUCCUGCGUUCAACGCGGAGGACCAACAAAAACACAACCAUGUCCAGCCGCUGGUCAAUCCCCAGAAGAGCGACAUGGACGAAUCGUUCAUCGGCAAGACGGGCGGCGAGAUCUUUCACGAAAUGAUGCUGAGGCAAGGCGUCAAGCACAUCUUUGGAUACCCCGGCGGCGCCAUCCUGCCCGUCUUCGAUGCCAUCUACAACUCAAAACACUUCGACUUCAUCCUGCCCAGACACGAGCAGGGCGCCGGCCACAUGGCCGAGGGUUAUGCCCGCGCGUCCGGCAAGCCCGGCGUCGUCCUCGUCACAUCGGGGCCUGGCGCCACCAACGUCGUGACCCCGAUGCAGGACGCCCUGUCUGACGGCACGCCCCUCGUCGUCUUUUGCGGCCAGGUCCCGACCACGGCCAUCGGCAGCGACGCCUUCCAGGAGGCCGACGUCGUGGGCAUCUCCCGCGCCUGCACCAAGUGGAACGUCAUGGUCAAGAACGUCGCGGAGCUGCCGCGGAGAAUCAACGAGGCAUUUGAGAUUGCCACGAGCGGCCGCCCCGGCCCCGUCCUCGUCGACCUGCCCAAGGACGUCACCGCCGGUAUCCUGCGGAGAGCCAUCCCCACGGAGACGGCUCUGCCCGCGCUGCCGAGCGCCGCCUCGCGCGCCGCCAUGGAGGCGAGCCGGAAACACCUCGAGCACACUCUCAAGCGCGUCGCCGACCUUGUCAACAAGGCCAAGCAGCCCGUAAUCUACGCUGGUCAGGGCAUCAUUCAGUCCGAGGGCGGGCCCGAGCUCCUCAAGGAGCUGGCCGACAAGGCCUCCAUCCCCGUCACCACGACUCUCCAGGGCCUGGGCGGGUUCGACGAGCUCGACGAAAAGUCGCUGCACAUGCUCGGCAUGCACGGCUCGGCCUAUGCCAAUAUGGCCAUGCAGGAGGCCGACCUCAUCAUCGCCCUGGGCGCGCGCUUCGACGACCGCGUCACCCUCAACGUGGCCAAGUUUGCGCCCGGUGCGAGGGCCGCCGCGGCUGAGAAGCGCGGUGGCAUCGUCCACUUUGAGGUGAUGCCCAAGAACAUCAACAAGGUGGUGCAGGCCACCGAGGCCGUCGAGGGCAACGUCGGCAGCAACCUCAAGCUCCUCCUGCCCGAGGUGCAGGCCAAGACCAUGGACGACCGCAAGGAGUGGUUCGGCAAGAUCAACGAGUGGAAGAAGAAGUGGCCGCUGUCGCACUAUGAGCGUGCGGAGCGCAACGGGCUCAUCAAGCCGCAGACUCUGAUUGAGGAGCUGAGCAAGCUGACGGCGGACCGCAAGGACAAGACGUACAUUGCCACGGGCGUCGGGCAGCAUCAGAUGUGGACGGCCCAGCACUUCCGGUGGAGGCACCCGCGCAGCAUGAUCACGUCGGGCGGCCUGGGAACCAUGGGCUUUGGCCUGCCGGCGGCCAUCGGCGCCAAGGUGGCGCAGCCCGACGCCCUCGUCAUCGACAUUGACGGUGACGCCUCGUUCGGCAUGACGCUGACGGAGCUGGCGACGGCGGCGCAGUUCAACAUUGGCGUCAAGGUCAUUGUGCUGAACAAUGAGGAGCAGGGCAUGGUGACGCAGUGGCAGAACCUCUUCUACGAGGACCGCUACGCGCACACGCACCAGGUCAACCCCGACUUUAUGAAGCUGGCCGACUCGAUGCGCGUCCAAGGCCGACGAUGCGUGGACCCGGCCGACGUGGUCGACAGCCUGAAGUGGCUGAUCAACAGCGACGGCCCGGCCCUGCUGGAGGUGGUGACGGACAAGAAGGUGCCCGUCCUGCCCAUGGUGCCAGCGGGCUCGGCCCUGCACGAGUUUUUGGUGUUUGACGCAGAAAAGGACAAGAAGCGACGAGAGAUGAUGCGGGAGCGGACCUCGGGCCUGCACGGCUAGCCGUAGCACGCACGAGAGGUGGAUAGCAGCAGCCGAGACGGGCGUCUAUGUUCAAGUCAUGUUCUUUUCAUAUCUUCUACGGCGGAGUUUGUGCAGUUGAUGCAAAUAUGGGUGCCAAGCACAAAAAGUUGGACGAGAAGCGCCAGAGGGCGGGACGGCAGACAGGCAGGCAAGUUGACAGUCGAGGCCAAAGAGCCCUGGCACGUGGGUGCUGGUUGGGAUGGAGCGAGCCGCGCGCGGACUUGCGGACAUUGAAACAAUGAAUGAGCAUUUUCCGUGACGAGAUGCGCUGUUACUGCUACUACGAAGUACAAGGUCCUGAUGUGGUGCCGGUGCCGGUGCCGAUGCCGAUGCCGAUGCCGAUGCCGGUGCUGAUGCUGAGUGGAGAGACGAAACCACGUCCCGACCCUUGCCUUGCACACAGGUG